GAUUUGGCGUCGACGGAUCUUCCCUCUUGCUCUUGCAAUAUAGCGGAUUACACCCUCUCACUCUAGCAAAUCCAAUAUGGCGGUGUUUUCAUUCAAUUUCUAAAAAAUACGUCAAUAAAAUUAAUAAUUUCGCCUGUAGAUUGGUAAAUACUGCAAUUAAUUAACUAUAAAAGUGUAGUUCGUGAAGCCGGCCGUGCGUUUGGUGCAUUUCCAUCCCCCGAACGUGGUUUGCAGUGGCGUAAUUUGUAAACUCACCCCAUUGCUGCUGCUGCGGAUCUUGGCGUCUGCGAAAGAGCGGGUUAAGCGUUUGGUGGUGUUUUGGUUGUUUUUUAUUGGGGAAAAAAAAUGCUGACUGUGUCCCUGCAGUUCCCGGCCGCAGCGUGAUUCGUUAACUCUGCCCGUGUGCACUUCGUGCGUGAGCUUCAGCACCCCGUGUGAUUGUCCGCGAAGGCCACCACCGCCGUGAGACGAAUUGCAAAGUCGUGGGGGAUUCUAUCUACAAGUGGCUGGCAUCAACGCGUACACCACGGACAUCUUAUCUGGGCGCCCGAAGAUCGCGAAGGUGAAGAAGCGAAAGCGGAAAAUCGCCACAAUGACAACGGACACCAGGAAACGGGUGAAGCUGUAUGCAUUGAAUGCAGACAGACAGUGGGACGACAGAGGUACAGGUCAUGUCUCAUCGCAAUACGUCGAGAGAUUAAAAGGAAUGUCCCUCCUUGUGCGUGCCGAGGCAGACGGAUCUCUGCUCUUGGAGAGCAAAAUACAGCCGGACACGGCCUAUCAGAAGCAGCAGGAUACACUCAUUGUGUGGUCCGAGGGUGACAACUUCGACCUGGCGUUGAGUUUCCAGGAGAAGGCUGGUUGUGAUGAAAUAUGGGAAAAGAUUUGUCAGGUUCAGGGGAAGGAUCCAUCAGUUGAGAUAACGCAGGAUAUUGUGGAGGAAUCUGAGGAUGAGAGAUUUGAGGAGAUGUCGGACUCAGCACCGCCAGUAGAGCUACCACCGUGUGAAUUGUCACGCCUCGAGGAUAUUUCGGAGGCAAUUGUGAGUGGUUUGGCGACGCCGUUGCGAAAGGAGAAGCUCGCCAUGGCGCUUGAGUCGGAGAAUUACAUUGAGAAGUUGCUGAAUUUGUUUCACAUGUGUGAGGAUUUGGAGAAUGUCGAGGGGCUCCAUCAUCUCUUUGAGAUCUUCAAGAAUAUCUUCCUUCUCAAUAAGAAUGCUCUAUUUGAGAUUAUGUUUGCCGAAGAUACAAUCUUCGAUGUUGUGGGAUGCCUGGAGUAUGAUCCGUCGCUGCCGGCGCCACGGAAGCAUCGUCAGUAUUUGCGACAAAUGGCAAAAUUCCGUGAGGCAUUGCCGAUUAAGAAUCAAAAUCUCCUUGCCAAGAUUCAUCAGACGUACCGUGUGCAGUACAUUCAGGACAUUGUCCUGCCCACACCGUCGGUCUUUGUGGAGGAUAACAUGCUCAAUACCCUUUCGAGUUUUAUCUAUUUCAACAAAGUGGAAAUAGUGACACUCAUACAGGAGGAUGAGAAGUUUCUUGUUGAGCUGUUUGGGAUGCUAACGGACCCGAAGACGUUGGCGGUGAAGCGGAGGGAUCUCAUACUCUUCCUCAAGGAAUUCAAUAAUUUCGCACAAAAUCUCCAGCCACAAGGGAAGGAUUCCUUCUAUAAGACACUCACAACACUCGGUGUCCUGCCGGCACUCGAGAUUACAUUGGCUAUGACUGAUCAGAAGACUAAAGCUGCUUCCAUUGAUAUUCUCACGUCAAUUGUGGAGUAUUCCUCCUCAACAGUCAGGGAUUACACUCUGCAGCAGGACAAUACAACAGACCCGAAAAAUAUGUUAGUCAACAUUGCACUCGUACAAAUGCUUUCGGAUUCAGAACCAGAACUUGGUGGUGCUGUCCAACUAAUGGGUGUCAUUCGAAUACUUCUGGACCCGGAGAAUAUGUUAGCGUCCGUCAACAAAUCAGAUUUUCUUAAUUUUUUCUACAAGCAUAGCAUAAAGAUACUAGUAGGACCGCUUCUGGCAAACACGACUGGGGAUAAGCCAGCAAAGGAAGACUACCACACAGCUCAAAUGCUGGGUCUCAUUCUUGAGUUGUUGUCAUUCUGUGUUGAACAUCACACGUACCACAUCAAGAAUUUCAUCAUGCAGAAGGACCUCCUGGAGAGAAUUCUGGUUCUCAUGAAGAGUACUCACACGUUCCUUGUGCUUGGCGCACUGAGAUUUGUGAGAAAGGCAAUUGCCAUGAAAGAUGAAUUUUAUAAUAGGCAAAUAGUUAAAUUUAAUUUAUUUGCACCAAUCGUUGAUGCAUUCAUUAGAAAUAAUAACAGAUAUAACCUACUCGAAUCAGCUAUCCUAGAAUUCUUUGAAUUCAUCAAAUUGGAAGACAUUAAAACGCUUUGCACGUAUUUUGUGGAGAAAUUUGGGAAAGUAUUUGAGGAUAUUGAGUACGUCCAGACAUUCAAGAGCCUAAAGACAAAGUAUGAUCAGCACCAGGAACGUUUCAAGGAUCGCGACAAGAUUAUGGAUAGUAGUAUACCAAUGAUUCGGAAUAUUCGUCAUCGAAGAGAUCAACGACAACUCGAGGAGGAGGAGGAGAUUUGGUUCAAUGAGGAUGAUGAUUUCUCAGAUGUUCCCGCAUCAAAGACCGACUUGGAUACAAGUUUAGAGGUAGUAAAUGGACCGAAGAUGAAUAGUUCAACGCCGGUUUCAACAGCCACCACAACCACCACGGUGAUACCAUCUCUACUGCAGACCAGUGUUUCGCCGACAAUUCCCUCAACGCAAACUCAGAGUCCGGCACAGCAGCAGCAGCAGCAGCCGGGGCUCCUUCAGCAGACGCACCCGCAGCAACAGUCGGCACCCCAGACGGCUGUCAGUAGUAAUUUAAACAAUGUGAACAAUAAUUCCAAGGGGACGAGUGGUUUGGUGCUGGGUGAGACAAAUAAAACCAACGCAGAGGAAGCAAAGAGCAUAGUCUCAGGAACGAUCAAGAAGGGACUAGUCGACUAUGAGGGUGAUUCAGAUGAUGAAGAUGAUGAGGAAUCCUCUAAUACGCCACUACAGAAGAAGGCACGUCUCGCAUAGCAGCUGCACUUACUGAAGAAGACUUAAUUAUCUCAAUGGGUUUGAUAAGUUUUGUCUAUAAAAAGAAAAAUUAAUGAAGAGAGAGAGAAAUUUAAAAAAAAAAAAAAGGAAAAAGAAAUUCACAAGAGGAUAUAUAAAAUAUAAGUUAAGUACAUUAUAGUGGCAAAAUUUGUGUGAAUCACAUUAAAUUUUGCACAUUUUUGAAGACGACAAUGGGAGAGAAAGAAAAAAGAGUAAAGAAUUUGGACACAAAAAAUGCGAAACAAAAAAGAAAAAAUAAUUUUAAUUAUAUAAGUAAAUUAACAAACAAAAAAAAAGUACACAAUACCCUCAAGAUCCUUGUGGGUGGGGACAGCAUCAGGCGCGCGCGAAAAAUGGAUUUUCAUUGCUUUCGAGAGAGCAAAGAGAAAAGUGGGAGAAUGCACCAAUAAAGUGAAAGAAAAUAAAUAUUUAAAAAAUUUAAUUAAAAAAAAUGUAGACAAGGUGCUGGAAGGGCUACACCACACACAAAUACACAUCUCACGAGAAGCAAGCUAGGAUGCGAUAGUUGAUUGGAAUAAGAAUGUUUUUCGGGACUUUCUCUACAAUUUCGGCAUUGUUUGGAAGAAAAAAAAUUAAAUUAAAAAAAAAAAGAGAAUUUGAUUGUUGGAAAGUAUAGACUCGGUAUCAUCAAUGAAGCGCGAAAGUUAAAUGAAGAAAAAAAAUCUAUAUAAAUGUAUCCGUUUUAAUCACACAAAGAAACGAUCUUUUUUUAUAUUAAAUUAUUUAGUAUAUCGUGUACUUUAAGUAAGAUCAUUUUUUAAAUGCUAACUUUAUAGAAAAAACAGUGACUUCCUUCUUAAAAAUAAAACAAAUAAUUUACAAAAAAAAGAUAAUGUAAAUAAAUUUAAUUGAAAUUUAGCAAAAAAAAAAAGAAAACAAACAAGAGCCAGAGAGAAAAAAAUCUCUUUAUGCUGGCAAUUAUGCAAAGAAUGUGAGAAAUGAUGAAAUUUUUAUAUUUUUGUAUCACUUUGUGUUUUAUCGUAGAAAAUGUUUGAUUUUUUAUUUUAAAUAAAUCUCUCACAUUUUCACACAAAAAAAACAUGGCAUCAGUAUUUUUUCUUGUUCUCUUAAUUUUAAAAAUUAUUAUUAUUUGAAGAAAUAAUUUGCAGAUUUUGGGGAUAUUAAUGAAUUCCUUGUAAAUAUUAAAUCCACUUGAAAAUUUAAGAAGAAAACGUAAAUAAAUAAUUAAACAGAAGAGAUUAUAAGAUGGGGGUGUAAUGUAUGAAAUAAGAAAGAAGUGAAAAAAAAUUGUAGAUGAUAUUUGAGAUUAUUAAACAAAAUUUAGUGUUUGGUACAAGAUUUUUCGUAAAAUAAAUAAAAAAAAGUGAAAAAAAGAAAAUUCUAUUGUGAAGAAAUUCAGAGCAAUUUUCACUGAAGAAGAUGAAGAAAAGUUUAGAAAGCGUCACUUGCAUCAGAAAGUUUUGUAUUACAAGUUAUGAAUAAACUUUCUUACGACAUUUGCUGAUGCAUGUGACAAAAUAUUUAUUGUUUUGCGCAAAACUCCGCCCACUUGCACUCACGAGUGCGUACGAUUGUGCACGAAGAAUGAAAGAUUACGCGUUCCUAUUGGCUUAUUCCAUGGCUAAUUGGAAAUAUUUCUAAUUUUUCAGUGAAAAUUUGCAUGAAAAAUAAAGUGAAAAAUUUCUAAAUAAAAAAAAUUGUAAAGAGAGAAUGAAAAUAUUGUCCAAAAAAAAAUAAAGUAGUGCGGUAUGAUAAAUAUUUCCUAAUUGGUAUAUAGAGCAAAAAAGAAGAAUUAUUACCUUUAAAGAAAAUGAAGAAAAAAAGGACUUGGCAGAUUAUCUGAUGUGCUUUCCAACAAGUCAAAUUUAGAGGAAGAAGGUCUAAAAGAAAGGAUUUAAGGAAAGAAAUAAAUUUAAAGAGGGUGGACAGGAAGUUACUCAUGUAAUUGUGUAAAUAAUAAUUUUACGUGACAGUUCGUUAGAUUAUUAUUGUGGAAGCGAGCGAGCGAGAGAGCAAUGGAAGAAGGUGAGAAGUGAGAGAGAAUGAGAAUCAACCUUAAGAAAAAAUAUAUUAUUUGUGUACAUUUA